AUGCUCAACUUCUUCCUUCCCAUCAUACUGCUGUUUACGGCAUCAACGGUUUCCGCGUCACCAGCCGCUCUCCACACCGGGUUCCAACAAAAGAGCUUAGAGUACAUCAACUCCUUCCGCAGUCGAUUUGCCCAUGCAGCACAGAUUGCUAACAUGCAAAAAAUGAGGUACAAUCGAACACUGGAAGCGACAAUCCAGAAUUUCACAUCAAGCUGUGACCUUCUGGACAACAUGGAGGAUAUGCCCACACCGAAACACAUCAAGAUCAUCUUGAGGCAUACGAAGAUUAUAUUAUAUAAAAAUGUUCUUGGGACCGGAUCGUACUGUGACUCAUAUUCUGCAUCCAUUGGCUACCCAAGUCGGUUGUGCAUUGAUGGCUACUCCAUGUAA